AUCUGAGUUUAUAAUCAUUGUAUUAUAAUAUAUUAUUAGGCAGUGCUAAAAGGAAUUGGAUUUUUGACUUUUGGAUAUACAUAUAUAUAUAUAUAUAUAUUUUAUUUCUGAGGUCACAGAGGAGAUGCGCGACUGAUCUCUGCUCUGCACCGCAUCAAGUUUUCCGCCGGCUUGAACUUUCUCUUAGGGUCUUUAGCUACUGUUUCGAUUUUUGUUUGUUUGUUUGUUUUCUUCUUCUUCUUUUUAUUGAAUUCCUCCUGCGUCAGGGCUCGUCAUGGUGGACGCGGCGGAGUGCGGAGUCAAAGUGAUGUGCCGAUUCAGGCCACUGAACGAGUCGGAAAUCACCCGAGGGGACAAAUACAUCCCGAAAUUCAAAGGCGAGGACACUGUCAUCAUAUCGGGUAAACCCUAUGUGUUCGACCGAGUUCUUCCUCCAAACACAAAACAAGAGCUGGUCUACGAUGCCUGCGCCAAACAGAUCGUUAAAGAUGUUCUUGAUGGAUACAAUGGGACUAUUUUCGCCUAUGGCCAGACCUCAUCGGGGAAGACUCAUACUAUGGAGGGGAACCUCCAUGACUCCGAGCGUAAAGGCAUCAUUCCUCGCAUCACUCAGGACAUCUUUGACCACAUUUACUCCAUGGAUGAGAACCUCGAGUUCCAUAUCAAGGUAUCCUACUUUGAGAUUUACCUGGACAAAAUCAGAGAUCUGUUAGAUGUUUCAAAGACCAACCUCGCCGUACAUGAAGACAAAAACAGAGUGCCAUACGUCAAGGGCUGCACCGAGCGCUUCGUGUCCAGCCCGGAGGAAGUGAUGGACGUUAUCGACGAAGGCAAAGCCAAUCGCCAUGUCGCUGUCACAAACAUGAAUGAGCACAGCUCGCGCAGUCACAGCAUCUUCCUGAUUAACAUCAAGCAGGAGAACAUGGAGACGGAGAAGAAGCUGAGCGGGAAGCUCUACCUGGUGGAUUUGGCUGGAAGUGAAAAGGUCAGUAAAACAGGAGCAGAAGGAGCCGUCUUGGACGAAGCUAAAAAUAUCAAUAAAUCUCUCUCUGCCCUGGGCAACGUCAUCUCUGCACUGGCUGAAGGAACUAAGACGCACGUGCCGUACCGAGACAGUAAGAUGACACGAAUCCUGCAGGACUCCCUGGGUGGAAACUGCAGGACCACCAUCAUCAUCUGCUGCUCACCGUCUGUCUUUAACGAGGCCGAGACUAAAUCCACGCUCAUGUUCGGCCAGAGAGCCAAGACCAUCAAGAACACAGUAUCGGUCAACAUGGAGCUGACAGCUGAGGAGUGGAAGAAGAAGUAUGAGAAGGAGAAAGAGAAGAACAGAGGCCUAAAAAUGAUCCUCCAGCGGCUGGAGAAUGAGCUGAAGCGCUGGAGGAAAGGUGAAGCAGUUCCAGUUGAAGAGCAGCAGAAAAGUAAGGAAACAAAGAACUCCGAAGCCACGCCCACAAUCGACAGUCUGGCUCCGCCUCCUCAACCUCUUUGCGACACAGAGAAAGUACAGUAUGAAGAGCUGAUCAAUGACCUCUACCAGCAGCUCGAUGACAAGGACGAUGAGAUCAAUCAGCAGAGUCAGCUGGCAGAGUCACUGAAACAGCAGAUGGUGGAUCAGGAUGAGCUGUUAGCGUCGACACGGCACGACUGUGAGAAGCUCCAGGAGGAACUGAUGCGUCUGCAGCGUGAGCACGAGGCGGCAAAAGACGAGGUAAAGGAGGUGCUGCAAGCGCUGGAGGAGCUCGCCGUCAACUACGACCAGAAGAGCCACGAUCUAGAGGAGAAGGGCAGGAACAAUGUCCAGCUGACUGAUGAGUUAACACAAAAGAGUACACUUCUGUCGACUGUGGAGAGAGAUCUGGCCACGCUGCAGGAAGUGAGUGGACACCACAAGAAGAGGUCUGCAGAGAUCCUCAGCAUGCUCCUGCGAGACCUCAGUGAGAUCGGCUCGGUCAUCGGCACCAGCGAGCUUAAAGCGCAGACAGCAGAGGGUCCCGUAGCGAUGGAAGAGGAGUUCACCAUGGCGCGCCUCUACAUCAGCAAGAUGAAGUCGGAGGUGAAGUCGCUGGUGAACCGCAGCAAACAGCUGGAAGGAGCUCAAGCUGAAACGACACGCAAGAUUCAGGCUAAUGAGAAAGAGCUCGCGUCCUGCCAGCUCCUUAUCUCACAGCUCCAGGCCAAAAUAAAAUCCCUGACAGACUACAUGCAGAACAUGGAGCAAAAGAAGAGACAGCUGGAGGAGAGCCAGGAUUCGCUGAUGGAAGAGCUGGCUAAUCUCCACGCUCAGGGAAAAAUGGACAAGGAGAAGGAGCACAUGACCAAGAUGAAGGAUGCUGAAGAGAUUAAGAAAGCUCUGCAGGAGCAGAUGGAGAGUCACCGCGAGGCCCACCAGAAGCAGCUGUCACGCCUCCGAGACGAGAUCGAUGAUAAGCAGAAGAUCCUGGAUGAGCUUAAAGAUAUGAACCAGUCUCUUCAGCUGGAGCAGAAAAAGCUCAUAUCUGACUACAACAAGCUAAGACAGGAGGAACAAGAGAAGGACGAGAAGCUGCGGAAACUCGUUUUAUUAAAUGAGAAACGGGAACUGGCCAAGGAGGAUCUGAAGGGUCUUGAAGAGACUGUGACAAAAGAGCUCCAAACUCUCCACAAUCUGCGCAAACUCUUCAUCGACGAUCUUAACACACGUGUCAGGACAAACGUAGAGUUGGACUCGGAGGAGGCAGGAGGCAGCUUGGCUCUGAAACAGAAGAUCAUUUUCCUCGAGAACAAUCUGGAACAGCUUACCAAAGUCCACAAACAGUUGGUGCGUGACAAUGCAGAGCUGCGCUGCGAGCUGCCUAAGCUGGAGAAGCGUCUUCGAGCUACGGCCGAGCGAGUGAAAUCCCUCGAGACGGCAUUGAGAGAGGCGAAGGAGAACGCCAUGAGGGACCGCAAACGCUACCAGCAGGAGGUGGAGCGAAUCAAAGAGGUGGUCAGGGCGAAAAACCAGGCCAGAAGGAAUCAUACAGCACAGAUCGCCAAGCCUAUUCGCGCCGGACACCAUGCCGGACAUCAGCAAGCAGUCUCUGGUUCACCGAGUCAAUCCAUCAGAGGAGGCGGGAUGCAGAGCCCUCGGCGUCAUCAGUACCACCAGAUGCAGGCGGCUCAGCAGCAGCAGCACUACCACCACCACCACCACCACCACAGCAGCAGCAGCAGCAAAUAAAGCAUGUCAAGAGGAACACAGCGGAUCCUGAGCUCACCUGGACUUUCUUGGCAUCUAGACAUCAUCAGUCCACUAGAUCAGCUUUUUGUAGCUCUGGAAAACCAACACAACCACUGAAGCCUCUGAUCACGUUCAGUACCGGACAGAAAGUCGAUUUCCUUAUGCUGUGGUGGUCUGGUUUUGUACAGUCAUUUACAGUGUUACACACAUUUAGACUCACAGACAUGUGGGGACAAAAGGAGCCUGUUACAUUCAACCGAGCACAAUUAGGCCCCCUUCAGA